CCAUGGGCUAGAGGAAAACUGGUUGCUUGAGAACAGCUGAUCACUUAAUGAUACAUCAGGCUCCAUCGCUGACUUUUAUUUUUUUUAUUUUAAAUUUUUGAUACUUUCGAAAUCACUUUUCUUUAAAAGAAAAUACAUAAAUGUGGAUUUAACUUAAGAGUCGUCUGUUUACCUGCACCGAGUUUCCCCUUGUCUUGUUUAUGGCCUUUGAUUACUGGCAACAACGUCAAUGUCAAUCUCUCGACGGUAGGCGGGACCUCUAACGCAGCAGCCAAUCAGCGGGCUCCUCUGGAGACGCGCUUUAAAAGCAGAGGAGCGCCUCGGCCGCUGCCAGUAAUAAGGAAACUGAGGACAAGUUAGGACUUACAGAGAGAAGAAGAGGAAUGAAAACAUCUGAAUAAAUCUCUGGACUCCGCUUUGAAUCCAUCUAAAGGUACAAACCGACGACUUGGUACAGUACAGUUCCCAUGUUUUGGAAGUUUUGCUGUUUUUCGUAGCAUUAGUAAAUACAGCGGGACUUUGCGCUGGAGAUUGGCACAUUUGGGACACAGCAGCAUCGUUUGCAGCGCACUCUUGUAUUUGACUGUCGUUUUUAAAAAAAGAAAAAACACACAAUAUGUCCACAAUAAUGGAACAGCCUUUUUAUGACGACUCGUUUCUCUCUGCUUAUGGCCAUCCAGGCGCUGCCCUGCCAGACUACAAGCUGCUAAAGCAGAAUAUGAACUUGAACUUCUCCGAUUCAUAUCGGAACUCGAGCUUCAAGACACAGCACCUGCGCGCAGACAGUGAUUUCUACCCGGCGGGCACCGCGGACGUGGGCUCGCUGAAGCUCGCUUCGCCUGAACUCGAGCGGCUCAUCAUCCAGAGCAGCAACGGGGUCAUCACUACGCCGACCCCCGCACAGUACCUCUACAACCGCGGCAUCACAGAGGACCAGGAGGUGUUCGCAGAAGGCUUCGUCAAAGCCCUGGACGAUCUGCACAAGAUGAACCAGAUGGCGCCUCCAAACGUCUCCAUCGGCACUGGUGGGCUCGCGUGUCCGGCUCCGGGCGCCGUGUUCGCCCACUCUAUGCAGACGGAACCGCUGGAGUACACGACCCUAAGCAGCUGCACCACGAAUCCCAGCCUGACCUCCACGGCCAGCUACCCGUCCACAACCAUCAGCUACCUGCCGCACCACCAGUACCACCAGCAUCCCCAGGCUGUGGCGCACGGGUCGCACCACUUCCAGCACUCUCUGGCGGGAGCUGGCGUCCACUCGCAGCGCUUCGGGGGCUUGAAAGAGGAGCCCCAGACGGUCCCCGACAUGCAGAGCAGCGACAACAGCUCCCCGCCUAUGUCCCCCAUCGACCUGGAGAACCAGGAGCGGAUCAAGGCGGAGCGCAAGCGGCUGAGGAACCGACUGGCAGCUUCCAAGUGUCGGAGGCGCAAACUGGAGCGCAUCGCCCGGUUGGAGGACAAGGUGAAGGUGUUGAAAACGGACAACGCCGGACUGUCGAACACGGCCUCCCUGCUGCGGGAGCAGGUGGCCCAGCUCAAACAGAAAGUCAUGACUCAUGUGAGCAGUGGCUGCCAGCUCAUGUUAGCGCCGAAAGUGAAGUCUUACUGAAGAAAUUAUGCACUUUUUAAUGAACACUGGACAAAAACUGCACUGAAAAACAAAAGACUUUAUACGCUGAGUGGAUGAGAACUGAAACGUAUGUGGCUUUAAAAAGGCCAGAAAAGAAAUCCUACAAUCAGCCUACAAGAAACACUUAGGGGCAUUUUUGAACGCGUUUUUAAAAGUGUCGUCUUGGCUUUCCCUGUUUACAUUUUUUUUUGUUCGCCCUUUGUGACGCUUUUUAAGUGUAUAAGUUAUUUGUAUUUCUGUUUUUUUUUGUUGUUUUUUUUUUUACCUGUACGAUAAUAUUUAAGUAAAAGAAAGCAUGUAAUUAAAAUACCAUGCUGCUUAUAAAUGUCUGUUCUUUGAAAAACACGGUCGUAUUUCUCGUAAAUAUAACCACAUUGUUGUCACCGAUCAAAAGUUUACGCCAGAAGUUGCCAAAACGUCCCAGCGUAGGACUUUUUCCCUCCUCCCCUCCUUAUUGACGUACGUGCGUAAACCCAUAUAUGGCAAAUGUUGCGUGCGGACGUCAUAUCGCGACAAGGUUUCCGGGAACUCCCUCCUACAUUGCCAGUCAGAGGCUGCGCUCUCCCCUUCACACCACAGCGAGAGAGAGGUUUGUCAAUGAGUUUAUUCUAGUGAAGGGAGUUUCCCCCCAUUCUGCUUUUGGUUUCCCAAAACAAGCCUUGUGAUCAACAGCUCAGGAAAGAGAAAAAAGUUCCAUGAAAACAUGUCGUAAUGACGUUCAAGUUAAAAAGUAGUCGGAAAGAAAAGCUGGCGGAAAGACUUGGUAUGAAAAACGUCAAAUUUGAAGGAUAUUAAUGCCUUUAAAGUGGGCCCCAGCAUAGUUAUUUAGGAACAUGAAAAA